AGCGUGUGAGGAUGUGUGUCCAGAGAGGGAGAAGGAGGAGGAGUGUGCAGCAAGCAAGCAAGCAAUCAGGCAGGCAGGUCCCGGAAAAAGCGAGUUUUGUGCACGGCUGUGGCGGCGGCAUGGCUUCGUCUCACGGGAGAAGUGACCUGCGCUUCGCCGACUGGAUGUCAAGUCUGCCACAGAGCAUGCACACCAUCCCGCUCACCAACUUGGCCAUCCCCGGUUCCCAUGACUCCUUCAGCUUCUACAUUGACGAGGCGUCUCCCGUGGGCCCCGAGCAGCCGGAGACAGUGCAGAACUUUGUGUCGGUUUUCGGCACGGUGGCCAAGAAGUUGAUGAGGAAGUGGUUAGCCACGCAAACCAUGAACUUCAACAGCCAACUGGAGGCCGGCAUCCGCUUCUUCGACCUGCGCAUUUCCACUAAACCCCGAGACCCUGACAACGAGCUCUACUUUGCCCACGGACUCUUCAGUGCCACCGUCCGAGAAGGUCUUGAGCAGAUCAGCAGCUUCCUGUCAGCACACGCCAGAGAGGUGGUCUUUCUGGACUUCAACCACUUCUACGGCGUGCAGAACCUGCACCAUGAGAAACUGGUGGCCAUGUUGAAGGACGUGUUUGGAGAGAAGCUGUGCCCGGUUGUCUUUGCCCAGGAGGUGUGUCUGCAGUAUCUUUGGGAGAAGGAGUACCAGGUGCUCGUCUUCUACCACCACCCCAUGGCCCUGGAGGUGCCCUUCCUGUGGCCUGGCCAGAUGAUGCCUUCACCCUGGGCCAACACGACCGACCCCGAAAAGCUGGUUCAGUUUCUCCAGGCCUCUGUCACUGACCGCAGGAGGAAGGGGACCUUCUUCGUGUCCCAGGUGGUUCUCACACCAAAGGCCAGCACCGUGAUGAAGGGUGUGGCGAGUGGACUCCGAGAGACAAUCACAGAAAGAGCUUUGCCAGGAAUGAUGCAGUGGAUCCGGUCCCAGAGACCCGGUGAGAGCGGCAUCAACAUCAUCACUGCAGACUUUGUGGAGCUGGGAGAGUUCAUCAGCGCCGUCAUCACCCUCAACUACCACCUGGACGACGAAGAUGACGACGACGCCACCUGAGAGCUGUCCGCUUGGGGGCCGUCGGGGAGCACUGUCGCCCCUCCAUCCUCUGCUGCUGUUGGUGGUGGUGGGGGGUGGCUUUGUGCUCCACCUCUUUUCUCCUUGCCAUUUGUUUGAAAGGAGGAGAUGCGCUGCUCCUUUCACUUUAUUUAGGGCUCUAGUGGAGUGAUCCACCACACGGUGAGAGAGGGCAACGAUGCGAGGAUGAGUUAGUCAGAAUGCUAUGUGGAUGACGAUGUCUGCCUCCUAAUUUGGGGUUCAACAAGCCCCUCCCCUUUUCAAGUGAGUUGUACAUUUCCUUUACCUUCCGCGCUGUAAAAAUGACUGCUUUUGCCAUACAAAUGUCAAGCUUUUGGGUUCAUCACCACGCACAGUGUGUGCAUUUCUGCUAACGUGUACUGUGUGACAUGAUGCCGAUCUCUGUGUAAUCAUUUCUAUGUAGGCCAUCGUCAGCAGGCAUACGUACGUUCGAAUAAAAUGCAGCUGUUUCGCAGUUUUUCACAACACAUUCAUUCAACACAUUCAGGCCCACUUGCAUACGUGUAUCUUCUACAUUUUUAUUUUGCUUUUAUUAUGUGUUUUACCAUCCAUACCAUUGAGAGUAUACGGGCCAAAAAGUCAUUUAACCAGUAAGAUUUCAGUUAAUUUCUUAUUCAGUUGAAAUUUUAGGAUAAAAAAAAAAUUAUAUUUAUUGUUCAAACCCCUCCUACAACUGAGAGAAUAUAGAAAAAAACAAAACAAUAGUUUAAUUUAUUUUGUAUUGAUUUGUAUUUAUUUAUUUUUUUUUUACAUUUUUUUAAAACUUGUAUUGUUUAUUUAUUGAUUAAACCUUCCUCCAUAUCUUUGAGAGUACGUGGAAACUCCAAAAUAGUCAAUUAAGCAAAAAGAUUUCCCAGUUUUUAUUUUGUAUGUCGUUUUAAUAAAUGCAUUUUCAUUUUAUUAUUUAUUGAUCGAUUAAAAACCCCUCGUACCACUGAGAAUAUGUUCAAAAACCUCCAAAAUAGUCACUUGAACAAUAACAUAUCACUGUUAUUUAUUUUUCAUGAAUUUAUGUGCUUUAAGAGUAGUACUAAGAGUAUAUAGAAAAAAAUACAUUCAACAGCAAAAUUCCUGUUAUUUUCUUAUUUAUUUCUAAUGAAAUGAUUAGAUUAGUGAUUUUCAACCAUUAAAAUAUUAUUAAUACGUAUUGUAUGUCAAAUAUAAAUGAUUAAGCAUUAAUCAUCAAAAUUAAUCAUUCAAAGAUUUGACAGAUUUUUUUUUUUUAUUUUGUUAAUGUAUUUGUCAUACAUUUAUUAUUUAAAAAUAUAUAUUUAGAUUAAACAUGCUUCAUACCAUUUAUAACGUGGAACAUCACCUUAGAAGAUUUCACUGUUUAUUUUACUUGUAAUUUUUUUAUUAAAACGGUAUUGCUGCAAAGGUUUGUGGAGGAAAAAGUGUCUCCAUGUGAAUUCAUGGUGGGUGCUGAGUCGUGAUGUUUAAAAAUACUGCUCACAAGAGUCCAUCCACUGUCUGUUUAUCCUCUCAGUACUUGCCCCCCCUCCUUGUACGUCUGUAUUUACUGCUGUAAGCGCAGUGUACAUGAGUCACCGUCAGUGUUUUGUUGUGUUUCUUCUAACGCAUACCUUGGAGGUGGUCUUUGUUUCAAGUCAGAGGCCAGAGGACUGCCAAAAUCAGGGGUUGAGGAUGUUUGUUAUUUUGCAGCUCUGCUUCAACUUUAGCAAAAUAGCGCAGUAACUGUUUAGAUAAGCCCUAGCAGUAGAACAUUGGUGUCUUUAUCAGAUGUCUUGAAAUGUCUUGGAAUUUCAGUUCCUGAUCCACUAUCCUUUCAUUCCACCUCUUGCAAGAUAGAUCAGUAAAUUCAAGUGUGACACCCAUCUCUCAAGCGGUCUUGGUCCUUGUUAGUGAACUCUGGUGCGGUUCGGUUCGCUUCGGCUCAAAUGUGAACGUUACAAAUGACAAAAUGACCGAAAAAAGCAGGCAGAAAUGACAAAUGCAUAAGAGGAAAUGCGUUGGGAGCAUUUUAAACGCUCUAUAGAUACAGAGAUACUUUAUUUAGCUCCAAGAGAAAUUCACAUUUCCAGCAGCUCUGCAAAAAUGUCAUCAUGAACUUAAUCACAAAAUAAAAUAAAACAACCAAGGCAAGAUAUGAGAGACAACAAAAUAAGAAAAUAGAAUAAGAAUAAAUAAACAAAUAAAUAUGGAACAGAUCAUGUCAAAUUUGUAGUACAAUAAUGCACAAUACAAAAAUAAUACAUCUGCUCAGUCUUUCGGUGUAGCAGGACAGUGAUAGUAAUCGGCCACUGAAACUGCUCCUCUGUUGGGAGAUGAUGCUGGUUGUCCAUGAUGGAAGGAGCCGCCUCAGUGUCCUUUGCUCUGCUACAGAUGCCAGGCUGUCAGGCUUUAAAAGUAUAUUUUAGAAGCUUUUCAUGAACUCUAAGAUGGCAAAUAUAGCAGAAUAUAAAAAUCACCACCGUAUUCAACCGUGUAGACAACAUUUUGGUUUGGAAUAUCUCAGAUAUAUGUCACAAAAGCUGCCCAAUCAAGUGCUUACUUUAUGCAUAUGUUCAUUGCUGCACAGUCUUUGGACCCAUGACAGAAGAACCAGUGUGAACGCAAAGUAAACCGCACCAAAGUGUUUACUAAUGAUCUUUUUUCCAUGUUUGUACGGAAUCACAAGCGUGAACACAGCCUUAAAGGUUUUUUGUUUGGAAAAUCAACUCUUUUCGGCCCCCUGUGUGCUUUCUGUAUGUUUUCUAUUGUGCUGCGUUUGUACAUACUGUAAUUGCAAAUAAUAUAUUGCCAAGAAAUUGUAAAGUAUUGAAUUUACGGCGAAGGCUCAUGACACUUUCUUAAAUAUUAUGACUCAGUUCUUUUUUUAAUACAAACUUGGUAGUGAUGUGCAUGAGUUUUUUUUUUAAAACACCACUUGGAUGCACAUCGUUUGUGCACCCGUUUUAUUAUUUUCUUGCACUGGAUCCUCCCCAUUGCAGUCAAUGGUGAGCCAAUGACUUGAAAAGGGCGUUCAAAUUGUGUUGUGAGGUCAUUAUUGUAUCCCCUGGUCAAAGCUGUUGUCAUUGCCUUUAUCUUCUGGUGUACAAAAACAAGCAAAAAUCCAACAAAAAGAGUCCAUUUGCUGUUGUAAAACUAAAAGUGGCAGAUAAAUAAAGCCUCCAACGCCA